AAAUUUCACUCUCCCUUUGACCUCUUUCCUCCGCUGUCUCUCUAACCGACUUCCCACCAAAAAUGUACGACUCUCAGCCUCUUCCGGUCAUCAUCCGCAACGCUUACUAUCAUCAAUUUCUCUCUCGGUUCCCAAUUUCUAGGGUUUCUUCUCUGCCCGCUUGUGGAUGCAGACAUAGAUUCGAGUUGCUACACUGGUUAUGUAAUCAGGUUUCAUAAUUUUCUGAAAAAUGAGAAAAGGGUUGAAGGAAGAUGAGAAAAGCGAAAGAACAAUUCGCAGUCUUUUAAAACUUCCCGAGAAUAAAAGAUGCAUCAACUGCAAUAGCUUGGGACCACAAUAUGUUUGCACGACCUUCUUGACAUUUGUCUGUACAAAGUGUAGUGGAGUACAUCGGGAGUUCACUCACCGAGUAAAAUCAGUGUCAAUGGCUAAAUUUAAUGCAGAAGAAGUUAGUGCACUUCAAGCAGGGGGAAAUGAGCGAGCAAGACAAAUUUAUUUUAAAGAAUGGGAUCCUCAGUACCAUUCUUACCCUGAUGCCGGUAAUCUUCAUGGACUCAGGAGUUUUAUAAAGCAUGUAUAUGUUGAUAGAAAAUACACUGGCGAGAGGAGUGUCUACACUGGUGAGAGGAGUAUCUACACUAGUGAGAGGAGUGGCAACAAGCUCCCAAUGCUGCGAUUGAGCACUGAGGAGUCUGAUGAAAACCAGAAGGUUGGUGGACAUCGUAGUGGAUCCAGGAGCUUCCAUGAUGAUGACAGGUUGGAACGGAGUUAUAGUAAUAGUCCAGGUGGAAGAAGUUUAAGAUACUACUAUGAUGAGAGAAGAAGUCCUCGAUAUUCUCCAGAAAACUCAAGAAGUGGUGGUUUUAUAAGAGCUCCUCUACGUUUUGAGAUUGUUGAUAACAGGAUUCGGGGGGGAAAACGUGGAUCCUCAAGUGGAGAAUCCAAGGUCCAAAGCAGGAUACCAGACAAUAAGAAGACCGCAGAAGGGUCCCAUUCUCCUGUUGUGGCCCCUGUUAGAGAUAAACUACGAGAAAACGUGCCUCCUCCACAGGUUGGUGAAAGUUCCACAGCAAAUCAGAAGGAUACUGAUGGUUCUGCUCAUAAUCAGAAAACCAAAUCUACUGGUGGCCAUGAUGGGAAUGCGACCAAACAAAAUAUGGUAAGCUUGAUUGAUUUCAAUACUGAUUCCGAGCCCCCACAUGCUACAGAAUCACAAUUGCAGCAAACACCUCCACCCAAUGAGGAUAACAACUGGGCCUCAUUUGGAUCAUCUACAACGGAGAAGGCACCUCAAGUUCCAACUGCGGUUCCAAAUGCAGACCCUCUGGAGUCUUUGCUAUUUGAAUUGUCAACUCCCUCAUCUGUUCCUGUGAGUAAUGCAUCUGAGACACCACACAAUGAUGGUGCUCCGUCAACUGCAUCUAUAAACACCAUGCCUGCAGGUGGUCAUUCCCCAGCUGAUGCAGGUCCUGUGCAAGAUCUUGCUAUUUUUGGUGGUGACACCACUGUAAAAGGUACUGAUGAGAAGCAGUUAGUACUAAGUACACAGCAAGAUCAAUCUUCUAUAUCCUUCACCGCGGAUAGCGGUUCUACUUCACAUGUCAAUUUUGCAGUUGGAGCUUCAAACGCUGAGUUGAGGAACUUAUCACUGGCACCAAGCAUACAAAGAUCUUUCAGUAUUCCUGCUGAAAAAUCAUCUCAAUCUAUUUUGAAUCCAGCUGAACAUACCGACAGUGGCAGUGGAGCUGGAUACCAAGUGGAAAUGAAUACUAGCGUGCGAAUGGAACUCCCGGCAGACCUUUUUACUGCAAGUUACUCAUCAGCCCCUGGACAAUCUUCAGGCUGGCAUAUUGCUCCAGUUCAGGGAAUGGGGUACAACAUGCAGUAUUACCCUACCGCGACGCCGGCUCCAGUAAUUCCGGGUCCAGCAAAACCAAAAAAUCCGUUUGAUCUUAAUGAAGAAAAAAGCCUAGUGACUUCCACACAUUUUCCUUCCAUGUCUUCAUUGCAAGGAGCUCUGCCUAAUGCUCCAGUACCAGGCUUGAUGCAUGCUUCGAGCCUUCCUACUAUGUCGCAAUUUGAGUCUAAUGAAUCCAUGACGAUGCCUUCACACUCGCCUUCGUUCGCAAAUGCUUUCUCUCCGAGUAAAUUCACUUUGUUACCUUAUGUUUUCUUUCUUGGCUUCUUUUCUUGUUUUAUGUCUAAUAUUAUCAUCGCAGGGGCAUACAUGGGGCAUCAAUUACCAAAUAAUGUGCAAUUUUUAAGACCACAGGGAGUUGGCGGCUUUGGCAGGGACGAAGCUGCUUUUGGAUCUCUAACCACAACUCAGCAAUCAUUUCAGCAACCAAGCGUCAGAUACCCAGCACCCAGCAGCAGCAGCAGCACCUUAGACACUUUUUCUCCAAUGAGAGGAAACCCAUUUGGAUGAUCGAAAGCUAUUUCGGCCUCCAAGCAUCUUCAGGAGGAAGACUGCAUCCAUAUGGAGGGAAGUCUGCAGGAGAGAGCACCUCCAAGCAUCUUGUUAAAAAUCAGUUAAUAUGUUCUCACAUCACAGUACUAUUUUGUAUAUUAUUAAAACAAUAGUAUAUUGGAAGUAAGUGGGAUGCUUCUGUUGAAUUAACUGACCA